CCUCCAACCAACUCAUCCAAUCCUUUCUCUCUCACACACUACACACACAUGACAUAUCACUCGUCUAUAUAAUUUCCUCUCACUGUAGCCCCUUAAUUCCCCUUCAUCAACUCCUCUCCUUUCCUUCAUUUGGUGCAUAACUUAACUCAGCAAACAUAGCUAAGUUUUCGGAAGUUAUGGCGGAGGAGGAAGCCAACAAGGUUGAACAGCCGGCGCCGGAGUCCUGCUCCGAGGCUCCACCGCCAAAGCCAGAGCCAGAGCCAGAGGCGGUUGAAGCUCCUCCCAAAGACGUGGCUGAGGAGAAAUCCCUCAUUCCACCUCCCGCGGCGGAAGAGAAGCCUGCGGUUGAUGAUUGCAAAGCCCUUGCCAUAGUUGAAAAGCCUGAAAAAAUUGAGGAGAGUAAACGAGAAGGAUCUAUGGGCAGAGAUGCUGAGCUUGCGCGUCUAGCAACAGAAAAGAGGCUGUCUUUAAUUAAAGCGUGGGAAGAAAGUGAGAAGUCAAAAGCUGAAAACAAGGCCCAAAUGAAAAUGUCUUCUGUUGCAGCUUGGGAGAACAGCCAGAAGGCGACUUUAGAGGCCCAGCUUCGGAAGAUUGAGGAAAAAUUGGAGAAAAAGAAAGCAGAGUACAUAGAGAAGACGAAGAACAAGAUGGCGCUACUCCACAAGGCUGCGGAAGAAAAACGAGCAGUGAUUGAAGCCAGGCGUGGGGAAGAUAUUCUCAAGGCAGAGGAGACGGGGGCGAAAUAUCGUGCCACGGGAACUUCUCCAAAGAAACUGCUGAGCUUCUUUUGAAGCUAUGUUAUAUCGGGUUGUGAAACAGAAGUUGAAUUUUUGCAUUUGUGUUCCUUUGGAUAUGUGUUUAACUUUGGGAUGUAUUGUGUGGUAAACUAAUGUUUGCUUUUUGAUUA